AGUCUGUAUAAAAGGGGGCCUCAAGACAUCCACGGAGCAUCAGUCCUCAAAUCAAGGAACCGCAGCAACCAUGAGGGCAUUCAUGAUCGUGGCGCUAGCCGCGGUGGCUAUGGCAAGGCCGGAGGCCGGUUACUCUUACUCGCAGCCUCCUAGCGGAAGCUACGGCACACCCGGAAGUGGAGGACUGGGAGGACUGAGUCUCGGGGGCGGCCAUGGAGGCGGCGGUCUGAGUCUCGGGGGCGGCCAUGGCGGCGGCGGUCUGAGUCUCGGGGGCGGCCAUGGCGGCGGCGGCGGCGGCGGUUUCUCAAGCUUUGGCUCCAGCAGCUCCGGAAGUUUCGGAGGUGGAUCAUUUGGAGGUCUUUCCAGUGGUUCGUUUGGAGGUUCCUCCGGUGGAUCCUUUGGAGGCUUCGGCGGAUCAGGCGGCGGCUUCGGCGGAUCAGGCGGCGGAUUCGGGGGUGGACUUGGUGGCGGAUUUGGAGGCGGCGCUGUAGGCGGCGGUGGCUCCCUCAUCCAGAAGCACAUCUACGUCCACGUCCCACCCCCAGAGGCGCCUGAAGACAGGCCCGCCAGGCCUAUCCAGGCCCCAGCGCCCCCACAGAAGCACUACAAAAUCAUCUUCAUCAAGGCCCCAACCCCACCCACCCCCACCGCCCCCGUCAUCCCAGCUCUGCCUCAACAGGACGAACAGAAGACUCUCAUCUACGUUUUGGUCAAGAAACCCGAUGAGGCACCAGAAAUCAAUCUGCCAACCAUCGCUCCCACUCAGCCCAGCAAGCCAGAGGUCUACUUCAUCAAGUACAAGACCCAGAAAGAGGUCACGUCCGGCGGUGGUGGUGGAAUCGGCGGAGGAAUCGGAGGAGGAAUCGGCGGAGGAAUCGGCGGAGGACUUGACGGCGGAAUCGGCGGUGGAAUCGGCGGUGGUCACGGCGGCGGUCUUGGCGGCGGUCUUGGCGGCGGUCUUGGCGGCGGUCACGGUGGCGGCGACGGACACGGAUCGAUCGGCGGAGGCAGCGGCCCCAGCGGACCGAGCUCAAACUACGGUCCCCCUGGUGCCUCAGGCCCCUACUAGUCAACUAUAUUUCGCGGUCCCUUUUCCCCAGCCUUUAAGACCCCCAAAUCCCACUCAUACGAACUCGCGAUGCUCACACGUACACAGACACACAGGGACGAUGCUUGGGACUCGCCCAAUCCCGGUCUCGUCUGCUAUUUGUAAUAUAAUUAUACGAAACGAAUACACUAUUAUUUUUAUACGACUGUAUUAUAUAAGCGAAUAUGAUGAGAGGAUGAUGAUGAUGUUUUUUAUACAUAUUUUUUGCAAGAAAACGGUGGCGAAAUAAAGCUUUUUUAUGUAGUUUUACAUAAAAAUU